CACCACUAGAUGACAUGGCAACAACCGGCGCAUUAAACAUUCCACUUCCGCCCAUCGUCCUUCCUCUUCCGUUUACGACGAUAGCAGCUUCAAAAUGGUGCAGCGCCUGACUUACCGACGUAGGCUGUCCUACAACACCGCGUCCAACAAGACUAGACUGUCCCGGACGCCUGGUAACCGCAUUGUGUACCUGUACACAAAGAAGGUUGGCAAAGCCCCCAAAUCAUCUUGUGGCAUCUACCCAGGAAGACUGCGGGGAAUCCGGGCUGUGAGACCUCGGGUUCUCAUGAGGCUGUCUAAGACUAAAAAGCACGUCAACAGGGCUUACGGAGGCUCCAUGUGCGCUAAGAGUGUGCGUGACAGGAUCAAGCGUGCUUUCCUGAUUGAGGAGCAGAAGAUCGUCAUCAAGGUGCUCAAGGCACAAGCACAGAGCCAAAAGUCAAAGUAAAAUGUGUAUUUCUAUUGCUGCAAUAAAAAAAAUUGACAAAUGGA